CAGCUUUCUAUUUGCUGGGCAGUUUGGCCGUCCCUCCUACGUUGAGGCGUCCACUUUUCUUUUUAACUUAUAAAAAUUAUACAGAAGAAAAAAUAUCUCAGGUUUUUUAGAUACUCAACUAGGGCAGCAGCAGAAGAUUGGAGUGUUAAAAAAAUGGCGGAAUACGAUAUAGACCUCGGAAACCUCAUGGCGUUCGACCGUAGUCACAGCUUUUCUUCUCCACCAGCAAGGGAGGAGCUGGUGAAGCUGGCUUUAGAACAGGGCACGAAGUUAGUACAAGCAGUUGCAGAUGCCCUCUUCAAUUUGCCUUCCACAGAAGACCCUGAUGGUCCGAUUGUUGCUUUGCCUUCUCCAACAACAAAGUUGCCUCGUGAGAAGCCUCUUCCAAAACCAAAACCCCCUACCAGAUGGGAAGAGUUUGCCAGAAAGAAAGGCAUCCAGAAACACAAAAAGGAAAAGCUUGUAUUUGAUGAGCAGACAGGCACUUGGAAGAGACGCCAUGGUUAUGAUCGUGUCAAUGACGAUAAUGAUGUACCUAUCAUAGAGGCCAAGAUGACUGAUGAGCCAGGAGAAGACCCUUUUGCCAAGAGGCAAAAAGAGAAGAAAAAGAGAGUCGAAAAACAAGAGAAAAACCGGUUGCACAAUUUGAAAGAAGCUGUAAAAGCUGGUGCCCCCUUACCAAGCCAUAUUCAGCUUGCUGCCACAAGAUUACCCAUAACAGGGAGUGAAGCUGCACCUAGCAAAAUUGGGAAGGAUGCACUUCAAGAUGUUGCUGGUAUGGCGGCUACUGCAACAGCAAGUGGCGGGAAGUUUGACAAAAAGUUGCCUGGAGAAAAACCCCCGAAACAUGACAAGAAGUAUCGGAAGGUCAUUAAUCAUUCCUUGGUGGUUCUUGAAGUUUCAGUUGAAAGCUUUCGUGGUUUAGUAUCUAUGAAUUACUGUUACUAACACGUCUGUAUAUUCACACCAUUCAGUUCCUUCCAGCUGCCGAAGGAUCAGGAAUGGGUGCCUUAGAGAAGCAGCAAACUGAUAAAGUUUUGAACAAGCUGUUAUCGAAGCAUUCACACGAGAUUCUCAAUGUUGAAAAGGUACGUUAUUGCUGUAUAAUUGGUAUUCUUCUGGAUCCAGUCGAAACCUGUCUCUGCAUUUGGUCUGAACUUGUAUUGGUGGGGAUGUAGGCGGUAACCAUGUACAAGGUUAAAGAGGAGAAGAAACGUAGGAAUCAGAAGGGGAAGUCAUCUGGAAACUCCGGCAAACUAAAGGCAGGCAAGCAAUCGUUCAAGAAAUCAUCAAAAAAGGGUGGUUCUAGUAAAGAAAAAUCAAAAUAACUGUCAACUCGUUUAACUCAAUAGAUCGCUAUGCGUUUCUUUUUAUUUAUUUAGGCUUUUAUAGUUCUUUGGGCUCAAUAGUAAAAGAGAGUAUGAAAAGCAGUUUUGUAUGAUUUUUUAUACACAGUUCAUGAGAACGAAGUAUUAUGCCUGGCUCCAGCUUUCGAUUUUAUUAAAAUGUAGCGUUUUCUUGAUCUUGGCCUUCUAACUUGCAUAUGAAGGGUAGGAAAAUAUAGGUUUGCUGUUUGAAUAUGUAUUGCUGAGGAUCACUCCACACUGCCUAGGAUAGGUAGCCCUGAAAGAGAAGUUGAAAGCGACUUUGGCAAUGACCAAAAAUAUCGCCUAUCAUUCUCAUUCAAAAGAUCUUGGCUCACGGGGAAGCUCGUGCAUAGCAAAUCCAAAUUCGAAAUCAGUAACCAUUCUAAAUUCUUUUCUUCCUGUCAUGUGUUUCAGUGUUUCUUAAUCUAUUCUCGUUGCAAAAUUUUGUUCAAC